CAGGCCAGAUGUAAUCCACGAUGUUUCUCGACCAAAAUUCACCGCAAUGAUUCAACAAAGGAAAGCAAGAACAUAAGAUCUUUCUUGGCAUUAUUGGUUGUGAAUUUGUAAAGAAUUAUUGCAACGUUCACAAAGUAUUUUUUCUAACAAAUCGGUUUAUCCACGUAUACAUAUUUUUGAAAUAAAAGUUUUUUAAAUAAUGUCUUGUAUUCGUUCUUUGAAAACGAUAUCUCAUCGUCUCAGUCGAUCAACGAGUUUAGAUGGUCAUAUAAAACCAUUGUAUUUGGUAAAUGGUUUUCGUAAAAAAUGCAAAUAUUCCUCGUCCAGCACGACAGUGAACCAACAAGGUUUUUUUAAGGGAAAUAUUGGAAUUGUAAAAAAUCAAAGUUUUUCUACCUCAUCUAACAACCAAACAUCGGAGUCAGAAAUUGAUCAGAAUAUAAUGGAUGAAGAAAAUGUUGUUAAGGUUAUCCAGGAGACCGAAUCAGUGUCUGGUCCAAGUGAUACUUACACAUUUCAAGCUGAAACUCGAAGAUUGUUGGAUAUUGUAGCUCAAUCACUUUAUUCUGAGAAAGAAGUUUUCAUAAGAGAACUUAUAUCAAAUGCAUCUGAUGCACUAGAAAAACUACGUCAUUUAUUCUUGACUGGAACUGACAUGACAGAGAAAGAACAAUCACUGGAAAUUCACUUGGCAACAAAUGAAGAAAAUGGUUCUUUUAUCUUACAAGAUUAUGGCUGUGGCAUGACUAAGGAAGAGUUAAUCGAAAAUCUUGGUACAAUAGCCCAGUCUGGUUCUAAAGCAUUUGCUAAUAAACUUCAGCAAAGAGAUGAUGUUGAAAUGACUGCUGAAAACAUUAUUGGUCAGUUUGGAGUUGGAUUUUAUUCUGCUUUUAUGGUUGCUGAUAAAGUUGAUGUGUAUACCAGAUCAUAUAAGCCAAACAGUAAGGGAUACUUAUGGUCAUCUGAUGGAUCUGGUAGUUAUAACAUUGCUGAAGCUGAAGGUGUUGCUAGAGGAACAAAGAUGAUUGUUUACUUAAAAAAUGAUUGCAAACGAUUUUCAUUGAAAACAGAAGUAGAAGAAAUCAUUAAGAAAUACAGUAAUUUUGUUGGAUUUCCCAUAUUUCUUAAUGGCGUUUGCAUCAAUACAAUUGAGCCUUUGUGGACGUUGGAUCCAAAGCAAGUAACAGAAGAACAACAUGAGGAAUUUUAUCGUUUUAUUUCUCAUACCUUCGACAAGCCUCGUUAUCAUUUUCAUUUCAAAGCUGAUGCACCUUUAAAUAUCAGAAGUGUGUUCUACAUACCCGAUCGUGCGCCGGAAUUGUACGGCGUCGGCCGAAUGGAGUCUGGAGUCAGCUUAUACAGCCGUCGUAUUGUAAUUCAGACAAAAUCAGAUAAACUACUUCCAGAAUGGUUACGUUUUGUUCGUGGUGUAGUUGACAGUGAAGAUAUUCCUCUUAAUCUAAGUCGAGAAAUGCUUCAAGAUAGCGCUUUAAUCAAGAAAUUGAAAGACGUUCUUACAAGACGUAUUGUUAAAUUUCUUCAUGAGCAAUCGCGCAAAGAUCGUGUCAAAUACGAGGAAUUUUUUAAGGAAUAUGGUGUAUUCCUUAGAGAAGGUGUGGUCGUAACAAAUGAUGAUCAUAUGAAAGAAGAUAUUGCGAAACUUUUACGGUUUGAAUCAUCCAGUGAAAAAGCGGGCGAUCUCAUAUCUUUAGAAAAUUAUGUUGCCAGAAUGAAGCCUGUUCAGAAAUCUAUUUAUUAUAUUUGCGCUCCAAGCCGUCAACUUGCCGAAUCUUCACCUUACUUUGAAGCUUUAAAGAAAAACGAUGUAGAGGUUUUAUAUACUUAUGAUGAUAAUGAUGAGAUGGUUCUUCAUCAAUUACGAAAAUUUGACGGAAGAAACGUGACGUCAGCAGAAACAUAUUUAUCAACAAGUGGAGAAUCUGAUGAUGUAGAUGAUAAAAUGUCAGAUAAUGAAAGUUUGUCACAAGAAAGUUCUGAAGAACUUGCCAAAUGGAUUGUGAAUAUUCUUGGAAAGCAAAAAGUCGCGGAUGUUAAGGUGUCACAUCGUCUCUCCAGUCAUCCUGUAAUGAUUACUGUUGCUGAUAUGGCAGCAGCUAGACGUUGGUUAAAAAUUAUCAAAACUGCUCCUCACGCAGAACAGUUUGAAACGAUGAAAUACGAUAUAAUUCAGCCAACAAUGGAAAUUAAUCCAAGGAAUGAUGUGAUCAGAAAAUUGCAUUCCAUUAUGGAUAGUGAUCCCAAGCUUGCCAAACUUGUGGCUGAACAGUUAUAUGACAAUGCUUUAAUCUCUGCUGGUCUUGUCAAUGAUCCUCGACCUAUGGUUUCUAGACUCAAUGUCUUGUUGGAAAAAGUGCUCCAACCUCUUUAACUUAAAAUGAAAUUAAAAGUUUGUCAAGACUCUUCAAAUGAAGGAAAGGCUAGAUCAAGGCUAUUUUGCUGAUCCACACAUAAGCUUGACUGUCAAAUAGAUGCUAUUAUGCUAAUAUUAUUUUUACUUCGUCCUGAGUGGCAUUGAUGUAAAUUGAGGGUAAACUUUGUGUGAAUAACCGUACGCGAUUUUUGCUCUUGGAAGGCCACGCCUAUUUUGUCCCAAAAUGUAUUUUUAAUCCUCUUGGGAGUCUAAUCCUUAUAAAAUUGUACAGAAAAUAUACAACUUUGUUGUUGGAUGAUUUCCUUGUAAAUGCACAAACUUUGUUAGUUUUUUACUCACACAGUAAAUGUGACAAUUUUAGUUGUCAAGUUGAUUCAUUCAGUCGUGGUUCAAUUAUUUAGCCAGACGAAACUAUUGUUAGUUGUUGCUUAUUAUGUUUUGUAAGCUUAAUGAUUCUUUUAAGGCUUGUUAUGCGAAGAAACAAAUAAAAAUUUUUA